AUGGGAUGUUUUGCAUUCCUCAAAGUCAUCAUGUUUGCUUUUAAUGGCAUCAUCUUUCUGGCUGGAGCUGCCGUCCUGGGUGUUGGGAUCUGGGUGAAGGUGGACAGUGGCUCCGUCCUCAACUUUCUUGGGAAGAUUGAUGGGGUGCCGUCACAGCUCAGCCAGGUGCUCAAUGUGGGCUACCUGUUGAUCGCCAUUGGUGCUCUGCUGGUGAUCAUUGGCUUCCUGGGCUGCUGUGGGGCCAUCAGGGAGAACAAGUGCAUGCUGCUGCUGUUCUUUAUCAUAGUCCUGCUGGUCUUCAUCGCAGAGGUUGCAGGAGCUGUGGUCAUUCUGGUCUUCAAACCUGUGGCAGAUAAACUGUUCAUGGACGUUGGCAAAGCAGCAGUGGGAAAUAUCAAAACGGACUACGGCAAAAAUCCUGACAUUACCGGACUCUGGAGUAAUACGAUGGACACGUUACAAUGUUGCGGCUUCUACAACUUCACCGACUUUGAGAACUCUCCGUACUACACGAGUCACAACUCGUCGUACCCACCCCAGUGCUGCCGAACCACAAACCCCCCGUGUAACCAAACCGUGGCUCUGAGUCAAAUGAUUAACGGGUGCUUUCCAAAAAUCAAGAAACUGAUUGAUGACAACACAGUCGUGAUUAUUGGAGUGGCCCUUGGGAUUGCAGCUCUGGAGAUAUGCGCCAUGGUUGUCUCGAUGAUACUGUACUGCAGAAUAAAGUCCACAACGGCCUAACUCCACUCAGUAAAGGCCUCAGG